AUGAAGCACACAUUUGCCGAAAAAGCUUCCGAUACAGGGGGCGUAAAGCCUAUGUCCAUUGAGGGACGGUUGAACACUGAAAGAGAACGUCUAUUUGAAAUGAGUGACGAAGAACGAGCAUAUCGCAAUCAAUGGCUCAAAGAUCAGAUAUUAUCGCCAGAGGAACCAAAACAAGUCCCAGAGUUUUAUAAAGCGACUCACAAUAUAUUUAAGAGAUUUUACCGUUGGCCGUUAAAUUGUCUCGAAAAUGUUUUGGUACCAAUAAUUGGAGCUCCAAGGGCGAGCGUGCUAAGAUGGAUGAUGGGCAAGACAGGCAUAAGCAUUGCUAUAACGUAUUGGAUGUGGUAUAACUUAAAAUAUAAUGGCAAUAAUUGGGAGAAAAAAGGGGGAUGGAGGGUUCUUGUUUCCCGCAAAGCUAUUGUUCCUGGGGACAAAAAUUAUCCAUUUGUUUCUGAUAGAACUGUUGGAGCCGACUAUGCUUCCAGGGGAUUCAAAGAAGUUACUUUGAACUUGUAG